CUACUACCACGGAUUUUGAUGUAGGAGUGUACCAUUUUCCAGGCUACAUCAUUUUACACUAUUGCUUCAUACUCCCUUUGGUCCCAUUCAAGUAUCUCUCCAGACAAAUUUGGUAAGAUUUCAUGUCUAUAACUUUUAUUGUUCAUAGGCUGCUUUAAUUUCUUAGUUUAGUUAAGAAUGUUAUUGAGUAUUUGUUAAAGUGUAGGCUGUUGUUUUUUUAAUACAAAAACUUUCUUUUAAUAAAUUGAUGUUUUAUAUUUUUCCUUUUAAUUUUAAGCGAACAAGAACAAGAACAUGCUUGCUUUUGUAAGGAUUUUAAAGAAACUUGAAAAAGAGGGGUGGUAAAGGGUAUGUCUUUUUACAUCUAAAGCAUUUGUUAUGUUGUGUCAUUAGGACUUUAACUUUAACAUGAUUCAUGGAUACCAAUAAGGCAAAGUGUAAUCAUAUUAAGGCCACGAACUACACCUUUAUUACUAUUGAAGUACAUUCUUUGUGUGGGAGAGACGCCUGAAUCAUGAGCUACAAUGAAAAUACUUGCUGCGCUAACAAGUUGCAAUAUGUGGUACAUAUCUGAUUCUUACAAUGCAUUCGAAUUUGAAAAUAUCAUUAUAGAGCAGUGACUAAUUCUGUACUUGGACUCUACUAAAGUUUGACUUUGUAAUUUAUUCAAGUUACAACACCUACUUUUUGAGCAUUCUUUAAGUUUUCUUUCCAUAAAAGGUAUUAAAUUGGUCCAACAUUCUUUAUUUAAGCAUACGAACCUGAUUGGGUUAUCAGUAGUAGAAAGGUGGCCACACCCACUCAAAUUCAAGAGGUAUCAUGAAAACCGUCAUUAGAUACUCCUCUCUUAUCAAGAUUCUAGGUUUGACAUGCCAUGUUUUUUCAUAUCUAGAGACUAGAGUAUAUUAUUUUGCUUCUUGACUUUCAAAUUUGGCUUUAUGGUGAUCCAGAUCAGACCUAAUAAGCCCUAUAUUCCUACACAGUACUAGGCUAUUGGACAAAUUGACAAAAGAAACUUAAUACUACCUGAUUCUCAAUAUCAAUUGCUCUCUGAUUAUCAUUGGCAAUGAUAUGUAGGAACAAAUUGGUGGGAUCCUGUUGGAUAAGUUUAUAAAAAAAUCACAUUCUUUUUGUAAUAGAACUAAAGUUUCAAGAGAAUUCAAUUUUUGUUAUCUUCAAUUAAAUCAUGUAUUCUGAUACUUAAGCUGCAAGGUGUGGUUAUGGUGCACCAGAACUUGAACUGGGUAGCUAUACUUAUCAGAGUGAUAUUUACAGCUUUGGAGUAGUUCUACUAGAGCUACUUACAGGGAGGAAAUCGUAUGACAGAUAAACUGACGGUAACAAUUAACUCUUCAACAUUAGCAUAUGUCCACAAAUUGCCACAUUCAUUAUCCAGUAGUCUUCUUCUACAUCAGUUAAAGAACCGCAAGUGGUCUCAAAGUCAAUUGCUAGUUUCACACCAUAUGGUGGCUGUUCAGAGGAGGGAGUCGAGCAAAAUAUAUGAUGAUGAUCCAUGAUGGAGCAAAACAAAAGUAGCUUAAGGGUGGGUUGAGUACUAUAGCUGGAGGAACCCGAGGAAAUAUUUACAAAACCUGUCAAAGGGAGUCCUAAUAGAAAGUGAUGUCACUGUAAAACUUUAAACAUGUGUCUUUUAAAGGGAAAUGACGUGGAGUGUUGACAUAUGUCAACUGAGGUGGACAGUGAUGUGGAGUGUUUUUACGCUAUUGGACAGGUUUCCAUUUUCCCCUUGCACAAACCCCCUCAACGUGUCUGGAUAAUUUUGAUCACCCCCUUAACCUCAACUCCACUUUGCUCUUCGCCGAUCAGUUGGAUGCCAACUGCCACGGUCCGUGGCUUUGAUCUAGCCAAAUCUCGAGUCUAUACUCUAUACCCUGAUUUGUAUUGACACCAUUGUUCAUUGGACUAAUUGUGAUGGUGCCUAGAAAGCCUUAAAUUAUGUGGAUUUUGAAUAUGCAACCAAUUACAGCGCGUUUUUCCUUCAGACAGUAACCACCAACCCAGCCCUUUAGUGGCAAUUUGAUGGUAAGUUUGUUACGUAUUAUAUAUAUCUUCAUACUCUUACAGUUCUUUCUGCAUUACUUUUUUAGUGGAAAAAGUGGUGUUUGAGCAUGCUCACUAGGUGUUUGUUAAAUUUACUCCUCUGGUAUGAUCUUUUUUAUCGACCAUUGUUAUCUCUUUUGUUACUACAUGAAGCAAUUGCUGGUUUACUACAUAAAGUAGUUGUAAUUCAAUGAAAAAAUUGUUUAGUGAUGGCCAUGUAUCUUGCCAGGUUCUUGACAAGCUAGCAGCUCAGAUAACAACCGCGGUUCAAGGCUAGCAUCCUACAUCAAAACUAUUCGGGGAGUGUUGUUUGCUGAUAAACACCCACCACCUUAGAGUUUCCGUCGACUCCCCUGCGUAGCCGUUCGUCGUCCGACGGUUUCACAGCAGCACCGACGACCUCCGUCCCAGGGAAACAAUCGGCGACCACCAUCUCUCCCUCUCUCUUUCCACCGGUGUGCACGGGUCGGUCGAACAUGGGCAGCGGCGGUUCCUCCUCCUCCAACCCGAGUUUAAUUCUUCCAUUUCGAGAAAUACAGGUAGUCAUGGUAUCUGCACAGAGUGGUUCACUGCGAAAAAUGGUGAAAGAUUGUAUUCCUGUUGAAAAUGGUAAAAUAUUGAAUGUUUACAAAUUUUUGUUUCAAUUGUGUUAAAGAUUUGAUUUUUUCAUUGUUCAAUUCUUGAUUCAUAUUGUGUUAUAUAUUAUAGAUUUUUUGUCUCAAAUUUGUCAAAGAUUCAGUUUUCGGCAUUGUUCAAUUCUCUAUACAUGUGUUAAAUUAAAUUAUAUAAUGAGGUAAACAUGUAUGCCGAUGCAUUACUUUAACUCUACACUCCAUGUCCUUCCUCCUAACUAUUUUUUCCAACUUUGAAUUAAAUGUUGGAAUCACAUUCUAAAAUCUAUAACAUCAGGUUGCAUUAUUGUUUUGCAUUUAAUUUUCAUAAUUAAUUUUUUUGCAUGGUUCCUAGGGCAGAUUUGAUGGAGUAGUUGUUAUCAGUUUAAUUUUAAGAAACACCAUCUAUUCUCAUUUUAUAGAACACAUUUCAUCUGAUACACAUAUCCUCAUUUUAUAGAACAUAUCCUCAUCUGGUGAUUUUCCACCAUCUUAUUAAAUUAACACAUAUGAUUUGAGUUUAACGUUUUAAGCUCCUUUCUUCUUCACAUUCAUAAUAUUUCCACAUUUGAAAUGUUUUUUUGAGCAUCAACGGCUAAUAUUUAUGGGCUCUAUUCUUUCUAAUGGCGAUAGCCAAAAGGAGGGCAAUGUCUCCCCAUUUUAUUCAGGUAAGAAUCCACCUUUCCUCCAAUUCUCUAGAUUAAUUCACAUUAUGUUUUCUUCUACUUUUUUGUUGCAAUCCAAGAUUGAUGAUUAUCUCAAAUUAAAAACUUUACCCUUUU